AUGUGUUGUGAGAGAGAUGUGUUUGACUCAUUGGUUCUUCAUGGCUGCCUGACAGGAGUGAACUUCAAGGAGGUGAACGACGAGAACAAGCAGAAGCUCUUCGGAGAGAUCUACACGGCCAUCGACACCUUGGCGUUCACCUUUGGAAAUGUAGUGUCUGACUUCCUUAUGGGAGAUGUAGAGAAUGGAUCAGUGUUGGGGCUCCCCCUGACAAAAAGGAGCAGGUCUUUCGAGAACGUCUCUGUGGAAUCUGGAGGAUCCGGUCCAGAGAAAGAUGAUCUGCCAGGUCCGUCUCCACCAGUCAGGGCGGAGGAGGUGGACCGGACGCUGCAGCGGCAGGACAGCGGGGUGGAGUCAGCGCUGCUCUACGCCAAGGCCUGGUCCAAAUACACCAAAGAGCUGCUGGCGUGGGUGGAGAAACGCCUCAGUCUGGAUAUUGAGUGUGCAAAAAGUUACGCCAAAAUGGCCGAAUCCGCCAAGUCACUUGCAAGUCAACAGGAAUUCAUGCCUUUCCGUGAGACCUACAUGACCGCUUUCAAAAAUGACAUUGAGUACAGCCAGCUGGUUCUUCAAACUGCAGCGAUACUCCAAAGCAACAAAUUCAUGCAGCCUCUCCUCACCAGAAAGAGUGAGCUGGACAAACUACGCAAAGAGGUCAAGGAGCAGUGGCAGAGAGAGCUGAAGAAAAUGAACGAAGCCGACAGCGCUCUGAAGAAGGCCCGGCUGCUGCAGGCCCAGCGGCAGGAGGAGUACGAGAAAGCUAAGGUGUCCACCAGCCGGCUGGAGGAAGAGCAGAUCGGAGGAGGAGGAGGAGGAGGAGCGGCGGCGUUGAAACAGUUGGAGAAGAGACGCAGGCUGGAGGAGGAGGCUCUGCAGAAGGCUGAGGAGGCCAGAGAGCACUGCACGUCCUGUCAGCUCGACGUCGGUGUGAAGAGAGUCGAUUUGGCCAAAACCAAGAGUGUGAUCAUCACUCAGAUCAGAGAGAUGGUGUCCCAGUGUGACCUCACCUUCAAGGCUGUGACGGUGAAUUGGUUCCAGCUCCAGCAGGCUCAGGUGGUCUCUCUCCCCGUCAAUCAUCAGACUCUGUGUGAAAAUGCAAAGUACGAGCCGGGUCAGCGCUACAUCGACUUUGUGAGGAAUCUACCAACAGACGGGCCUCGACUGGAGCCACACUCGUUUGACUUUGCUGCCACGCAGAACGCAGGCUUACCUUUAAACAAGCGCUCGCUGAGUGGCAGCCACUCCUCCCACAGCAACCUGUCCCAGGGGUCCGUGACCUUUGACCCCCUCUGUGCAGAAGACGUGGACGGUCCAUCCAAUGCCCAACAUGCCAAGAUCGCAGAGAGGCGCUCCAACAGCAGCACUGACAUCCAAGCACUUCGGAUUCAGGCCCCGUUUCGUCCCUGGGCCUCGACCAGUCAGGGUGGAGGGAUGUGCAGCGACUCGGAGAGUGCCGGAGGCAGCAGCGAGUCUCGAUCCAUAGACUCACCUACAGCGAGUCCCGGAGACUUCAAGAGGAGAUUACCUAGAACCCCCUCCACCGGCACCAUGUCGUCUGCAGAUGACCUGGACGACAGAGAGCCUCCAUCGCCCUCUGAUACAGGUUUGAGUGAGAUGAUUAUUGAAACAGCCAGCUCCCCGGGUCCCUUCAGAAACACCCAGAUGUCCAAAGCUGCUCAGACCCACAAACUGAGGAAGCUCAGAGCUCCAUCCAAGUGUCGCGAGUGUGACGGCCUGGUGGUGUUUCACGGAGCCGAGUGCGAGGAGUGUUCGUUGGCCUGUCAUAAGAAGUGUUUGGAGACUCUGGCCAUCCAGUGUGGUCAUAAGAAGCUGCAGGGGAGACUCCACCUCUUUGGCAUCGACUUCACUCAGGCGGCUAAAAACAGCCAGGACAGCGUUCCCUUCAUCAUCAGGAAGUGCACGUCAGAGAUUGAGAACAGAGCGCUGAACAUUAAGGGUAUCUACCGCGUGAACGGUGCCAAGUCCCGGGUGGAGAAGUUGUGUCAGGCGUUUGAGAACGGGAAACACCUGGUUGAGCUCUCGGAGCUUUAUCCACAUGACAUCAGCAACGUGCUCAAACUCUACCUGAGACAGCUUCCAGAGCCGCUCAUCCUCUUCCGUUACUACAACGACUUCAUCGGUUUGGCGAAGGAGAGUCAGAGUAUCAUCGUGGAGGAGCUCGAGGCGCUGAGACUCAACCCAUCCCCGGUGGGCCCGGCCCAGGUCAGCGUGGAUCUGAACCGAGUCCUCUUCAAGAUUAAGGACCUGCUGAGGCAGAUGCCACCGGCUCAUUAUAAGACGCUGCAGUUCCUCAUAGAGCAUCUGCACC